UCGGAGUUCGGAUGCGCCGGUGAAAAAAGCCCCAGAACACCGUCCGUACAAUUAGGAUAUACAUAAACAUAAACACGUAUAUGUUUUUCUCGCCGGUGUUUAUAUCAGAGGUCUGUGCCUAAGCUUCUGUCGUUUGGUUCGGGACAUCCGCCAUGCAAACUUCAAGUUUUGGUUCGAUAUGGAGCUCUUUGGGUCUGAAUUUUCUGUAAUAUUUGGGAUCAAGUAGUGCCAAAGUUGUACUGGAGGAGACACUAAUCUUAUAGUAUUUGACUGAUAAUAGCUGCACUUGCUGUCAUCAUCAGAGCAGGGCUAGAAUGGAAGCACGCCCUCCUUUGUCCAUUCAAAGAUCAAGUACAAGACAACUCAAUAACUUUGGCGCAUCUGGAGCUCUGUCUUCAUCUUUACCUGUUCUUCCCACCACUCUGGAAGAGAAAUUUCCUAAGUUGCCAGACUCUCAGCAGGUUUCCAUGGAAAGGGAAUUUAUGUCGCAUCCUUCGGCUGUUCAUCAUCCAUUGUCUUCCAAUAGUGCGAUUGUUGGCCACAUAUUUUCUUCAUCCUUGGAAGUCUCGACUGAUCUUCAUUUUUCUUCUGUUUCCCAGCGGGAAAGGCAUUCAAGACAGGCCCCUUUCAUUUCUCAGCCAUCAAAUAGUGAGGGAUCGAUGCUAUUAAUGCAUUCCUGUCAUUCUGGACUUCUUCAAUCUACAGCAUCUAGUCACUAUACUAAAGAAAACAACAAUGAUCCCUGGUGUAGAGAUUCACUGCCUGAUUUUCUUGACUAUCCAGUAAACACUUCAGUCCUGAAUAGUCAGUUAGAAAGCAACAAUGGUGGUGGUUGUGUCAUUCCAUCUGAGGAACUUGGUAAACGGAAUGAUUGGCAGGAAUGGGCGGACAAUCUAAUCAAUGAUGAUAAUGAUGCACUGACUGCUGAUUGGAAUGAGCUCCUUGUUGAUACUAGUGUUGCAGAUCCAGAGCCAAAGAUAGCAUACCAGGUGUCCAAAUUAUCCACCAGUUUCUCAGUGCACCAGCCCCAAGAGCAUCAGCAACUUCCUGUUGCUUCUGGAGAAAAUUCUAUUGUUGCCACCACCAAGCCACGCAUGCGUUGGACACAAGAACUUCAUGAAGCCUUUGUGGAGGCAGUCAACAAGCUUGGUGGAAGUGAAAGAGCUACUCCCAAGGGAGUGCUGAAGCUAAUGAAAGUGGAGGGCUUGACAAUCUAUCAUGUAAAAAGCCACCUGCAGAAAUAUCGAACAGCUAGAUACAAACCAGAGUCAUCAGAAGGAUCUUCAGAGAAAAAAUUGACUCCUCUUGAAGAAUUGUCAUCUCUGGACUUGAAAACGGGUAUUGAGAUCACUGAAGCAUUACGCUUGCAAGUGGAAGUUCAGAAGCGGCUGCACGAACAGCUUGAGAUUCAAAGGAAUCUACAGCUGCGAAUAGAAGAACAGGGUAGAUAUCUCCAAAUGAUGUUCGAGAAGCAAAGCAAGUCAGGUAUUGACCUGCUCAAAACCUCAACGUCCACCAUGGACAACCCCUGCGCUCAGUCGGCCUAUACAUCCCAAAAUUCCCCUGCCAAAAAUGAACCUGCAGCGGCCUCACAGGAGGACCAUCAAGAAACAGGAAACGACCUGGUGAAUGCCACCAUAUCAUCUGAAGAAGAUUCCCAGAAGUUGGCAGGAAAGUGGAACGCAACUGGAACUGAAGCUUCUGAUCCUGAGGCAAAUGUUGCUGACGACCCUAACUCACCGCCCUCUAAGCGUGCCAAAGUGGAUGUAUAA